UUUCAGAGAAAACAAAACUGAUCUCUCUCUCUCUCUUUCAGUGCGAGUUCAGGAAAAUGGCUGAGGCCAGUAUUUCAGUAGCUCAGGACCAGUUCAUGUGUCCAGUGUGUCUGGAUCUCCUGAAGGAUGCGGUGACUAUCUCCGGUCACAGUUUCUGUAAGGUGUGUAUUAAUGGCUGCUGGGAUCAGAAGGGCGUCUACAGCUGUCCUCAGUGCAGAGAUGCUUUCACUACAAGGCCUGUUCUAUGCAGAAACAACAUGCUGGCUGAAGUGGUGGAGAAACUGAAGAAGACUGAAGUCCAAGAUGUGGAGUGUGAUUUCUGCACCGGGAGAAAACACAAAGCCGUCAAGUCCUGUCUGAUGUGUUUGGCUUCAUUUUGUGAAACUCAUCUGAAACCUCAUCUUGAAGUUCCUGCUUUGAAAAAAACACAUUAA